ACAUAAAUCCCUCAUGUGACCACGUUACGUUAUUAGGCAUAAGCAAAGGCAGAGUCCGCUGAAUGAAUCAUUCACAACUACGAAUGGUUGUACUACUUUGUUCUUUGGGUUGGCCUCUCCCUCGUCUCUCGAGUCUCGACCCACCCUAUAUUUAUUUUUCACAUUGUAGAUUUGGCUACGACGGAGUUUGAGAGCUGCUUGUUGAGCAAAGUUACUAGCUAUUGAGAACAUGGAUGCUAAUAGUGCUAGUAAUGGGAAUCACGACGCUGACUGGAACACCGAUGAUGAGCUUGAGGUCUGUAAUGAAUCCUUUUCUCAUUGGGGUUCAACGAGUUCUGGUCAAGAAGCUAAUGGGGGCUUUGGAGAGGCAAGUUCUCCAACUAAUUCUACCAAGCUGAUUCAUGAUUUUGUCGGAAUGGGAUUUUCUAAAACAAUGGUGGUCAAAGCAAUAGAGGAAAAUGGAGAAGAUGAUUCAGAAGAAAUAUUAGAAACUCUUCUUACAUACGCUGUUGUCAAGAAUUUUCCCCAAGAAGAAGGUCUUUCUACUAAACCAUGCACUUUUGACUCUAAAAGCAAAUCUCCAGAUAACCUCUCUGAAAUUGAUAGUUGUCUUGGAAUUGAGGAAAACUCAAAUCACAUUUUAGAGAAGGAUACAAUGUUGUCGUCACUAGUGGAUAUGGGUUACUUGGUUGAAGAGGCUUUGACAGCUAUGAAUAAUUGUGGUUCAGAAGCACAACUAUCAGAGUUGACAGAUUACAUAUGUGCUGCUCAAAUGGUAAAGGAUUUUGAUGCCCAGCUUAGAGAAUCACCUGAUGAGGACGAUAGCACCUCGGUCAUGACUUCUUAUUCCUAUACAAUGCCUAGGAAUGAUUAUCUACCUAGAGAAAAGAAAAGGAAGCUUCACAAAUUCCAACAAUUUGGAAGAAAAUGGCACAAGGGGAGUGAGAAGAAGCAUUGGGAUGAAGACGGAGACAUUAUGCAUCUCCCUAAUCCAAUGAUAGGAUUUGGGAUUCCUGAUGAUCCUUGGCCUAUUGUUGAGAGGAAGCUCCCAGAGGUAGCUAUUGGUCCUCCUUAUUUCUAUUAUGAAAACGUGGCUCUUACUCCUAAGGGGGUGUGGAGUAAAAUAUCACGUUUCUUGUAUGACAUAGAGCCAGAAUUUGUUGAUUCUAAACAUUUCAGUGCUGCUGCAAGGAAAAGAGGUUAUGUCCAUAACCUUCCAAUUCAGAACCGAUUCCCUCUUUUGCCAAUACCGCCACGAACCAUACAAGAAGCCUUACCCUUAACCAGUAAGUGGUGGCCUUUAUGGGACAAAAGAAGAAAACUGAAUUGCCUUCAAACUGCAAUUGGGACUGCUAAACUCACUGAGAGGAUAAGGAAUGCACUUGAGAACAAUAUGAAGUAUGGUGAUGAACCUCCUCCACAUGUGCAGAAGUUUGUACUUGAACAAUGUAGAAAAUGGAAUUUAGUUUGGGUUGGAAAAAAUAAAGUUGCACCCCUUGAACCAGAUGAAAUUGAGAUGUUGCUUGGAUUCCCAAGGGACCACACUAGGGGUGGUGGGAUUAGUAGGACAGAUAGAUAUAAAGCACUUGGAAACUCAUUUCAGGUUGACACAGUUGCCUACCACCUUUCUGUAUUGAAGAACCAGUUUCCAAAUGGAAUUAACCUCCUUUCACUUUUCUCUGGGAUUGGUGGUGCUGAAGUUGCUUUGCAUCGACUUGGGAUUCCCCUGAAAAAUGUGGUCUCUGUUGAGAUUGCUGAAGUCAACAGAAAUAUUAUUCGUAGUUGGUGGGAGCAAACCAACCAGCGUGGACAACUUAUUGAGAUUGCAGAUGUACAACAAGUCAGCAUUGAAAGGCUAGAUCAGUGGAUCAGCUCAUUCGGUGGGUUUGAUCUUGUCAUUGGUGGAAGUCCUUGCAAUAACCUUGCUGGCAGCAACCGAGUGAGUAGAAAUGGACUGGAAGGCAAGCACUCAUCACUGUUUUAUCAUUACGUUCGAAUUCUAGAUCUUGUUAAGACAAUGAUGGGUAGGGACAGAUGACAUAAUCUGCAGCCUUUAAUACUCAUCAGUGCAAUUUCAUCUUUUUAAUUUUUAAUUUUUUUUUUAACAGCAUUUUUGACGCUUAGAAGAUUAUUUCUAGUAUUUAGUAACAAUUAAUUGAUACAUUUUGCUCUCUUUUGGGGAUAA